UCAAUCAACUUUCGGGCUGUAUUCCGGCUCCUUGACGAGUAUGCUGCCAAAUGGCAUCACUGUCGUGCUUGGUGAUCGUACCCAGUGUCGAUAUUACACGGAAGGUUACGCUAACAGAGCCGCGUCUCACCGCGUUGAAAGACGCCAUACAGUCAUGCAGUUUGCUGUCACCGGUUGUCGACGUCAAAAAAGACAAGUUUCAGGUAAUUCCUUUCUUCUACCAACGAUUUAUUGCAUGCAUAGGUGCACGAUUAAAUUGCUGUCGCCCUUUGUUGUGGACACGCAGAGGUGGUAUUUCGUUGCUAGCGUUGCCCUGUCCAUAACUGCUGCAAAUAAAACAACUUCAGGUUGUCGAAGAGAAAUCAGUUUGUCCGAGAAAAUGUUUCAAAAUGCUUCAAAUUGUGUUUGUCGUAUUGUCCACGCAACAGGUUUUCGAUGAAGUCUUUCAAAGAAGGGUUGAUCUUGCGAACGACGACGUCAUUGCCGACAAAACAGAAGUGUUCGUGUUGACAGCCGAACGUCCAGUGCCGUCACAGACAGAAGGCAGUCUUUGUGCAUCCAGUGUUGCACAGAGCUGUACAGACAACCACGCAAACAGUCGUGAUGGGCGAGACUUUGAUAUGCCAGAUUUCAGCAGCAUACAGGAGCAAAUUGAAGAUGGAAAGCUUACGGGCAGCCUCCACAGAAAAAUCGUCGAACGACUGUACCAGUCCAUGAUCAGAUGCACGCUCUACCCCUCUGCAAAGUUCUAUGCUAAAGUGGCCAGCUCUCUUGUGGAAAAGUACCAGCAUUUAACAGACCUGAAAGGCAGCGGCUACGAUUCCUGGAUAAUAAGUCUCCGCAAUAAGUUCAAAAAUGAACGACGCAAGAUCUCAGACAACGAGAGUGUGACUGAAUCAAGGUCAAAAUUUGGUACCAAGCGCAAGAUAGAAAAGGCCAGCGAAUCAAGAUUGGAGCGCAACAAAACUCCAAGGCUUCCUGAUGGUGGGCCAUCGUCCCAAACAACAAAUGCUGAGGAAGAUGAGGCAUGGCUUCGAAAUGAAUACAGGAAGCAGAAACCGGACUUUGCUGAAAUAAGAGAGAGACAGAAAUCAACAUUCAGAGAAAGAUCAAAGAGAAUGAAAUCAACGGUCAUCUCUGUUUGUCAAAAGGAAUUCCCAUAUGUGAUGGAUUUUAAGGCCUUCAUGUUGGAGUUCGAGUUGCUAACCGACAAGGAUGCAGUCCAAGGGGUACAAGCAGCAAUGUACACAGUGAUAGAGCUAGCGGGAAAAAAGGAAAUGUACAGCAAACAAGAAAUUCAGGCAGGCAUUGCUGAUUUGCCAAAGCUCACCGUUUGUGCAAGACGAAAGAGACACAUGAGUGCUGUACUUGCCCUAAGGACCCUGUGUGAAGUUUUCAAAGAAAAGGAGGCAAUGGACAGCAUCUUCGUUCAUCAGUCGCGUGAGUCCCGCCCAGGCACUCCUCACAUCAGCUACAGUGGAACCUCCCUGGAAGAUGCUGAGAUACUGAAGCUUGUGGUGGACAGCACACCCCUGUUCCACGUUGUAGAAGCAAUGGACGGACUGGCAGCAGUGCUUGCUGCUUAUUGGGUGUUUGAUGCAGUCUACUGCGCAGAACACAUUCGGGUCAUGACUUUUUUUGAGCGCAUGGUAGGCUUGCAGGUAACGCCACUGCAACCCCCUGUCUCGUCAUUUAUUAAGAAGCACAAGAGAUCGCUGCCAUAGCCUUGUUUACGCAUGUUAGCGAUGAGCCAGCUUACACACAUUGCUGGUGUUCCCCAGCAGAUGGUUGCCACUGUAACACCUUGACUAAGCAAACAGUGCUUCUUAUUGUGGUUGUGUAACAAAGCUGCUGGGAGCUUUCUUAUGCAAGGUACUCAGGCCAGUUAGCUUGCACAUCUUGCUUUAUGUUGGCUGCACUUGUUCCUGUACAUGUUUCCUGUUAUUUGCAUAUUCAUUUUUAUCUGGUGGAAACUUAUAAGUCUUGACAUCGACUGAUACCACAUCCUCAGUAAUUAUUCAACUUGUGUGAACCACUGCGCUACCCAUAUGCAGAGCAUAUAUGUCUCUUUAGGCCACAAAAAUUUUAGGUAAGUGUAGCGGUCUUCUUUGACCGUGGACACCAGUUGAAAGCUCACUCCAUAGCAGGUGCGGAUUCCCCAUGGGGGCAGUCCAGGUGCUCGACCCUGUGCCAUCUAGGCAGAGUUUCCAGCUGGCAUUGACGGUCACAGAGUGCCGCUGCACUGCCAUGUCGUCUACAGUGCAUUCAGUUGAGAUCUUAUUGUUGGGUCCACAUGUUUUAUUAGCUUUUGGUAACUCUUAGUAUCUUUUAUUGCAACAUUGAAUCUAGCUGAAAUUUUCAUCGGUUAAAAUGGACACAUAUGCUCUACAUAUGAGCAUAGUGCAGUGGUUCACACAAGUUAAGCAAUUCCUGAGCAUGCGACACCAAUUGGUGUCAAGAUUUACCAGUCACCAUCCUGUGCAACCCGUACCUCUGACAGGGCAGGCCACAAACGCGUGUGACAUUUAGUAUAAAUAUGUGACUUGUUCUUCAGUCUAAAAAGUUCAAUUUUUCGCUUUCCCUUUUUGCUAUCAUUUAGACACCACUGUGUGCCAGGUGGAUGUUAUUCUAGUCAUAAGCAUAGUCAUCCUUGUCUGUGCCCACAUUAGAUUGUCAUGUAACAGUAAGUGCACAGCAAUAAAUGGAGAAAGGGGCCUCCCCAUUUUGAAGUAUAUCUGGCCUUGCUGCU